UCCGACCUCGGGGGGGAAAGUGAACGUAAUUGGGAGGUUGUAGGUUAUAAAAUCGGUCUUUGGAAAGUUUCCCCCCCCCUCACCCCACAUUUCUCUAGUUAACUCUAAACUGAUAGCCUGGCCUAUGUUAGCCGUUGAUGCUGCCGUCAAGAGGGUAUUUCGAAAAGAUAGACUGUCCAGUUUUCAGAUACGGCUUCUGCGAGCGGCCGUUCUGCCAGUACCGACAUGACAAAGGGAGCGACAAAAAGCUGGCGCCCGUGUCACUGCCACCAAGAGCGCCGGGAACUGGAAGAGAUCACAUAACCCAGUACAAGGCUUGUGGUGGAAGUGUGAGUAAGCCAGCAGCACUAUCUGAAAAGGAUCACAGCCUUUUGGAGCUCGAAAGGAUCAACAAAGCAAUUGAAACUGUCAAAUGUGAGGUUGAAAAAGAGCAGAAGAAACUGUCGCACUACAAAACCCUUAAAGGGAAGGCGGGCGUGGCUGGUUCCUGUCCUAAACCAGUCACUGUGCUGCGGCCUUGUGAAGAGAGCCCCAUGGACGACCAUGGCAAAAGUAGACGAACAAGUUCUAGUCAUUCACAGGCCUUGAGUUCUACAUGUUCUGCCAGUAGCAAGUAUGUGAUUGAUAAAUCCAAGCCAAGAACGGAUUUAGAAUAUGACCCUUUGUCCAACUAUUCCGCAUAUUUGGGGAACCACAAACAGUACCAUUUUGAAGAAGAGAGAAGGGGAAACAAAAGGAUGCGAGAGGAUACUUUUGAAGACAAGGCUGAAGUGUUAAAUACAGAGCUGGAGUCGCAAGAGUCUGAUGAUGAUGGUGUCCUCGUCAUUGAUAUCCCACCUCUGGAGGCCGAUGAAAAAAAGCCCAGAUCCUCAAAAAAGAGUAAGGUAACUGAAAAUGAAAAAUUAAUACUAGCUUCUGAAGAUGCUCAGGUACCAGAAGAAGCCCCAUAUAAAGAUGCCUUAGGUCCAGUUGUAGAGUGUGAGACAAGUAUAUCUACUAUAGCAGAAAUCUCACAAAUCUGUGAUGGCCAAGCUUCUUUACAGGCUGGCGGUGUAGACCUAAGGAGUGAAGGUGAGAUCUUGCACAUCAGAGCCGCAAGUAAGUCCUUGUGUUCAGGAAAAAAUGAAAUGCGAUAUGUCAAGUCCUGCUUGAAUGAAGAUGAACCUCUUCAAACACCAGGAUAUGCGUGUGCCUUAGUUGGGUCUCUUUGGAAUCUCGCUCCCCAAAAGGAACAUGAUAACUUGUCCAUUGAAGCCAAGAUAAGUCAAGAAAAGGCUGAAUUGGACUCGGCGAAGAAGAGCACGGAGCAAGAAAGGAGCAAGCAACGAGAGAGUGUAGACAGUCAUCUACCGUUGCCAUCCUCGGUUAUACAAAAGUUAAUGCAGCCACUGAAGUCGCAGGCCCCUGCUGGAAUCAACUCUGUCACAGAAACUAAAUGUGAAGUUCAGGACAAACCUCAACAGUUCAACACCAUGCCAAAUACAUGUCACACUCGCCUGCAGCCAACGUCGGGCGUGUCAUUAGGCCAGAGAAUGCAACAGCUGGACAAUCCAGUGUCGGCUAGCCUUUGUCUCGAUGAAAGUGGCCAGCAAAAGAAGCCCAAACAGGCAGCCUUCGCUGGCGAUUUGGCUGAUCUCGAGUUUCAGCGAAAGCUGGCUGCAGUUUGUGCUCCAGAGCCUUCAGCCAGUGAAGUGGAGUGCGGCUUGUCCAAUGCAACUCCCACACCCGUGGAAACAACAACCUGCCAGAAUUCCCCAGUCGAUCUGGCUUCCGAUUAUUCAGAUCUAGAUGUGGAUUUAUCAGAUAGUGACCCGAUGGAGGAGUGUUACCGCAUAUUUAUGGAAGACAAUGAAUCCAAACUAGAAGAUCCAUCAAGUGGAAGCACACCUGUGGAGGUCGCCGAUGAAGGUAAAACCGAACUGGAGAAGAAACCUGACCUGAUUCCUGGCCAGAAGCGGAGGGUUGCACAUGUGUCCAAAUAUAAUGAGGCAGCAUCAACUGUGACAAACAAAAUCAGACAGCAAAAGAUUGUUAUUCCAUUCAGAGAGGCACCAUCCCAGCUGGCCAAUCCAACCAGAAUCCAGCUUUUACAGCAGCAGGCCUCCGUGUUGACGGCAGCUGUCAAAGGGGGGCAGGCUUUCGUUGCCGCGACUACAGGGCAAAAGAAACCCGUUACGGUGGUCCCCUCUGCACCUCUGCCUACUCAUGUGCAAACCGCACAUCUAAAUGUCAUACCAAUUGGCAUGGCAGUACCUUGGACCACAAAUGUGCACUUUAUCAUCCCUGAAGGAAACAUAAACCUACCAGUCACUCAAGUUCCAGCCCCCCAGCGUGCUGCGUCAUACACCCCUGCUAAGGCAAUUUCCACCAAACGGAAACCAAAGAUGCCUGCUGAGGCCAGUUCAAAAGUACCACAUGAUGUCCGGCAGCGUUAUGUCAACCAGUUCCUGGAGGAGUUUCUGAAAACGUCCUUCACGGUCAACGAGGCAUUUGAGAAGGCGCUGGCUGAAGAAAAGGCAGUGUUUGACCGUAGCGCCAACAAGCUGAAGUACCUCAGUAUAGCUGUGAACUCCCUCAAGAGGCUGAAGAACCAGAGUCACCUUCCUAUAAAAAGUACAGACGCCUGUGCCCCAGGAUCAAGAGGCAACACGGUUGUUAGCCCUGGACUGCUGCAGACAAAUGAUGCAGCAUUAUAUGAGCAACUGAAGGAGCACGUUAUGUCUGAAGAGAUGUUGAGAGAGAAUGGCUACCCUUUUCAGCACCCAAGUAAGCCUGGUGCUGCUAUACUGUAUGGUCAGAGCACCAAGAGAGGCAGCACUGACCCUUUAAAGAGAAUCUGCUGUCGGUGUGGGGCCUCUUAUUCUGUGAGCCUCUCUGGGAAACAUAUUCGAAAGGAAGAGUGUAACUACCACUCUGGAAAAGUCCUGAAGAAAAAGAUUCCUGGUGGCAUGGAUACCCGAUACAGCUGCUGUGAAGGAGCAAUAGGGACUCCUGGAUGCCAGGUUUUUAAACUUCAUGUACAUGAUGGUCUAAAGGAUGACCUCGAGUGCUUUGUAAAGACUUUUUCCAAGCCUGUUUCUUCUGGUGGAAACCCUGGUGUGUUUGCAGCGGACUGCGAGAUGUGCUAUACAACCCAAGGCCUGGAACUAGCCAGGGUUACAGUGGUAAAUUCCAGUCUGCAGGUUGUCUAUGACACUUUUGUUCAACCGGACAAUGAAGUCAUUGACUACAAUACCAGGUUUUCAGGAGUGACUGAAGCUGACUUGAAGACCACCAACACCUCAAUCCGUGAUGUCCAAGCAGUGCUGCUGAACCUUUUCAGUGCAGAAACCAUAUUAAUCGGGCACAACUUUGAUUAUGACCUUUGUGCCCUAAAGCUCCUUCACAGCACUGUUGUUGAUACUGCCAUGGUAUUUCCCCAUCGCCUGGGUUUGCCACACAAGAGAUCACUUAGAAGCCUAACUGCAGACUACCUUAGAAGAAUAAUACAGGAAAGUGUUGAUGGUCACGACUCCAGUGAAGAUGCUACCGCAUGUAUGGAAUUGAUGUUGUGGCAAGUAAAGGAAGAUGCAAAAGUGAAAAGAUGGUGAUCACUGUGUAAAAUAAUGCUUCUGUAUGGCAUUACUGUACAGUAGGAGUAUUUUUGUCUGUAUUUUGUGUUGUUGUUGAUGCUUCCAGGAGUUUAUCUGCUGUUUAAUGAUCUUCUAAAGAAACGAGAGAUCACGCAACACGCCGUUUACACAUGUACUGUACCUGCUGUUAAGCAUCUUUUGGGAAAUUGUUUCCAUUCCAUUUUGUUUUUGUCAGUUUACUGUCCCUCCAGAAGGGUGAUUAAGUAUUGCUUGGGAACAUGCCUGUCUGAUUUUUUUUUUUUGUUGUUCUGAAGUGGGAAUUCCUAACUCUGGUCUUCAGGAUCUAGAAUCUGGCAUCUAGCAUUCUAAAAUCCGAUUUCUUCUAAAGUUCUAAGCCUCUCUGUCUAGGAGAAGUUUUAAAAAGAUGUGCUUAAAGUUUAACUGGCCAAAAUUAUGCUGCCUUCAUACCAUUCAGCUACUACCCAUAGACGGAUAUGGAAAACCUGCUGGAUUUUGGACAUUGGGUCCACAGUUAGGAACACUUAUUCAAAAUGAAAAUGUAGCUUAAUCAUGUUAUAGAAAAGGCACCACUGGAUAAAAUGUUUUGCUUAGGGCACAGGGCAGCUGCAGCAGAAAUUUCCUUGAACACAUUUCAGCUGUUAAGUGAAACAAGUAAAUGCACACUUAAAAACUGGUGUUGUGUGUUGUUUAAUCGAGCCCUAAAGGGAGCUUAUUGAAGAGAUGUCCUCCAUUUCUCGCUAAGACAUCGCACUUCAGUACUUACUGCCGAUUCCUCCUCCCACUUCAGUGAGCAAAAGGUAAAGGGCUGUAAUUUAAUAACUAAAACUUCUGUACAGCAUUCACAAAGCAAAAAACAUAUAUACAGUAUGAUCAUAUUGAUAAGGGGUAGCUACACUAAUGGUCUGUAUUGAGACUUUAAGACCUAGAACGAUUUAACUAUAAUCACUUAAACGGAAAACUAUUUUUCAAAACAAUGAGCUACUGUAGGAGGAAGCUAAUGUCCCUCCUACUCAUAUGGACCUGAGUUCCCUUAAUUGGAAAAAAAAAUUAUUGAAACAAUGUGGUAUUUCUAAUCGUUGGAGGAAAAAAUGGGCAAUUCAUUGUGACCCAGUAACACUACCUCACUUGAAUUGCACUCAGUGAGGUGUAUGAACUGAGCUAUGACUAA